AUGGCGCCCAGUGCAGAAAAGGAAAAGGACAAGUCCAAGGUCCACAAGCUGUCCCUGAAAGGCAGUGCGAAGCUGGUGUCUGAGUUUUUCCAAUACUCGAUCCAUUCCAUCCUGUUCCAGCGCGGCGUCUACCCGGCCGAAGACUUUACCGCCGUCAAGAAAUAUGGACUGAACAUGCUGGUCUCGUCCGACGACCAGGUCCGCGCAUACAUUAAAAAGAUCAUGGGCCAGCUCGACCGCUGGAUGGUCGGCGGCCAGAUCAGCAAGCUGGUGCUUGUCAUUACCGACAAGGACACGGGCGAGCAUGUCGAGCGAUGGCAGUUUGACGUCCAGAUUUUCGGCGGCAAAAAGAAGAAGUCCAAGGCGGACAAGGCCGAGAAGGCCGACGGGACCGCACCGGUGGUGCCGUCCGCGAACAAGGAGAACGCCGGCACAGCGCAGGACAGCGCACCGGAAAAGACCGAGGCCGAGAUCCAGGCCGAGAUUGCGGCCAUCUUCCGCCAGAUCACGGCGUCCGUGACGUUCUUGCCGCAGCUGGCCGGCGACUGCACGUUCAACGUGCUCGUCUACGCCGACGCCGACAGCGAGGUGCCCGUGGAGUGGGGCGACAGCGACGCCAAGGAGAUUGUCAAUGGCGAGCGUGUGCAGCUGCGCGGUUUCAGCACAUCCAGCCACCGCGUCGACACCCUCGUGAGCUACCGGUUGGCGGAUUAG